CCGGCGUGGGCGGCGCCUCCUCCCCCACCUCCGGCGGCGGCCCCGGCGCGCGCGGCGCCCCCAUCCCCCACCCCCUCGGCUGUGGCUGGAGCGGGAGGCUAGCAGGGCCAGAGACGCCGCGGACGCGGGACCCGGAGCAGCUCGCAGGCGGUGAAUAAUAGCUCUUCAAGUCUGCAAUAGAAAAUGGCCUCCAAUAAAACUACAUUGCAAAAAAUGGGAAAGAAACAGAAUGGAAAGAGUAAAAAAAUUGAAGAGGCAGAGCCUGAAGAAUUUGUGGUGGAAAAAGUACUGGACCGACGUGUAGUAAAUGGGAAGGUGGAAUAUUUCCUGAAGUGGAAAGGAUUUACAGAUGCUGACAAUACUUGGGAACCUGAAGAAAAUUUAGAUUGUCCAGAGUUGAUUGAAGCAUUUCUUAAUUCUCAAAAAGCUGGUAAAGAAAAAGAUGGUACAAAAAGAAAAUCUUUAUCUGACAGUGAAUCUGAUGAUAGCAAAUCAAAGAAGAAAAGAGAUGCUGCUGACAAACCAAGAGGUUUUGCCAGAGGUCUGGAUCCUGAACGAAUAAUUGGUGCCACAGACAGCAGUGGAGAAUUGAUGUUUCUCAUGAAGUGGAAAGAUUCAGAUGAGGCUGACUUGGUGCUGGCAAAAGAGGCAAAUAUGAAGUGUCCUCAAAUUGUAAUUGCUUUUUAUGAAGAGAGACUAACUUGGCAUUCUUGUCCAGAAGAUGAAGCUCAAUAAUUAAAGGGCCUGGAAUCUGUUCAAACACCUGGACAAAUUGGUUUGGCAAGAUCCCUGAAUUUAAUACCAGUUAGAAGAGGACACUUUGACCUGGAGUUUAUUAUCAAUAAGCUACUUUUCAAAUCUCUGAAAUUUUAUUAGUAUCAUCCUCAGUGUGCUUUUCCCUACUCCCUGUGCUUUCCUUUUGGUCAUUGAAAACAAUACCCCUGUUUAUAAGCCAGACCCCUGGCUCUUAAGUCUGUCGGGAGCUGACACUGCACAGAAUGUUUGUGUAGUCAGAACUAUGGACUGGAGUGGGAAUGAUUUAUUAGCAAGAAAGCAGAAGGUGUUCAAGGUAACCAAGAUCUUUUCAGACAUUGUUUUUCCAAACUUUUCAGUAUGUGAGUCUCACCCAGUCAAUGAAGACAUCUACUAGGAAGGAAGGGGGAAAUCUAUAUAUUAAAAAGGAAACUAUGAGAAAAUCCUCUAAGUUUGACUGUGAUUGAUUGUUGUUAUAUCUUACUUUUCUGUUUCCGUCACACAAAGAACAUCUCAGGUUUGUUUUGCCCCUCUGAAAGGCCCAUCCUUCAGACUCUUAGCUGGGCUUUUAAGUAUUGGUACAUUUUCUUAGAAGGCUAGUGAAGACAGUGUUUUCAUUUUACUUUCAAGUUUCUUUGUGCUUUAACAAAGUUGAAUGGCUGUCAUAUAUUUGAUCCUUAUAAACUGCAUCAUCUUUAUGUUUUGUUAAAUCAAUACAAAAUUGGAUAGCAAACAAAAUAUAAGUUCUUAAUAAGUGGAAUAUGAAUAGUAUGCAUAAUUGUAACUAUGGUAUAUAGACUCUUGUUGAAUAAAUGUUGCUUCUUGGAAUAUUCACUGAAGAGGGGGAUCAGUCUCAACAUCUUCAAGUUCUAGUAGUUGCUUUGGUAUAAUAGAAGUUCUAGAUGCUCAUCUCUUUUUGACACCUUUUUUAUAGCCUGAUUCCUUUUCUGAACACAGUGUCUGUGAAUGUGCUGCACUUUACAGCUACCUGACAAUCAUCCACAUUUCUGCUAAUAGAAAACGGUUAAGGAGGGUGGGCCUAGGGUGGUUGGGCUUUUUUGUGGGGGUUUGUCUGUAUCGUCAAAGAAUUUAUAUUAUGUUGGAAGAUUUCUACAGGCAAUCAGGUCAUCUGGAGAAAUACAAAAAUUUGAAAUUGCUUUCA